AUGGAAAAUAAAGGCAAUAAUUAUAUAAUAAUGCAACAACCGGCUACAUGGAAUAUAAUCUUAUAUUUACUUGGUAUAACAGCAACCCUUGCUACUUAUACGGAUACAUGUGCAUUGUGGGUUAAAACUGAAAUGAAUUCUUUUUCAACUACAACUCUAUCAGUAACACCAGUUGUUGAACUAGCAAAAAACGAAGAUAACAAUCCACCAAUAUCAAUAAUAACAGGAACAAUUCUUGAUAUUAUGACAAUAUAUCAGUCAAUUGAAAUGAUAAAAACUACUGUAGCUGAUCAUAAUAAUCUUUUAAAAAUCAAAACAAAAAUAAAUGUCGAAGCUAAAAAAUGUCGUCCUUUUCCACAUAUAUUUCAUGUAACAUAUUCAACAACUGUUGCUUCACCAACAAUUUAUUAA